AGAGGCUGCUGUACGGCACUUCCCUGUCUCUCCUGCUCCAGGAACACCUCAGUCUAGGAGGCUGAAGAUGUCAUAUUCCAGCCUGCAUCCAUCCAUCCCACGUCCCAGAGGUCACCGGUCCAAACAGGCAGCCUUAGUCUUGCUGGUGGCCAGCCUAAUGAUCCUUUGGUGGUUAGAGGAUCCACCAAACCACACACUCCGGUACCUGGUAUUCUAUCUAGCCUCCCUGCAACUUGGACUACUGUUGAAAGAGAUCUGCUGUCUGGCUGAAGAGCUGUGCCAUGUCCACUCCAGGUAUCAGAGCAGCUACAGGAAGGCUGUCUAUGCUUGCCUGGGCUGCCCCAUCCGCCGUAUGGCCCUGCUGCUACUGUCCAUCUAUUUCUACUGCUUCCUCCCAAGCACUACUGGCCUGCAUCUCAUUUGGAUGCUUGCCCUCCUGGGCCUCUCACAGUCCCUCAGCAUUCUUCUGGGCCUCCAGAACCUGGCCCCAGCAGAAAUCUCUGCUGUCUGUGAGAAAAAGAACUUCAAUGUCGCACAUGGUUUGGCCUGGUCAUACUACAUUGGGUACCUGCGGCUCAUCUUGCCAGGGCUCCAGGCCCGGAUCCGAAUGUUCAAUCAGCGACACGACAACCUGUUAUCAGGGGCAGGGAGCCGAAGGCUGUAUAUUCUCUUCCCAUUGGACUGUGGGGUGCCUGAUGACCUGAGUGUGGCUGAUCCCAACAUUCGCUUCCGAGAUAUGCUGCCCCAGCAAAACAUGAACCGUGCUGGCAUCAAGAAUCGGGUUUAUUCCAACAGUGUCUAUGAGCUUCUGGAGAAGGGGCAACCCGCAGGUGCCUGUAUCCUGGAAUAUGCAACCCCCUUGCAGACCUUGUUUGCCAUGUCACAGGAUGGGAAAGCUGGCUUUAGUCGGGAGGACCGGCUUGAGCAGGCCAAACUCUUCUGCCGGACACUUGAAGACAUCCUGGACGAUGUCCCUGAAACUAGAAACAACUGCUGCCUCAUUGUCUACCAAGAACCAGAAGAGGGAAAUAGUUUCUCACUGUCUCAGGAGGUUCUCCGGCACAUUCGUCAGGAAGAAAGGGAGGAAGUUGCCAUGAGUGGCCCCCAGACCUCAGUGGCAUCCCAUUCCUCUGUGCUAUCCCAAGAGCCAAGACUCCUCAUCAGUGAUAUGGAACAGCCUCUCCCACUCCGCACUGACCUCUUCUGAGGCACAGGACAGCCUUGCCUAAGCUUCUGGUGAUCCUUCAGCUUCAUGACUGGGGCUCUCUCAAGGGCUGGGGGCCUCACAGAGAUUUCAAAUUUCCAGAUGAGUCCCACACUCCUGGGCAAGCCAUUUUACCCCUCUGAGCCUCAACCUACUCCUCUAUGGAAUGUGAUCAUAAUGAGUGCCCUACCCACCUCGUAGGGUUUUUGUGAGGAAAAACCAUGUAGAAGUUUGGUGUCAAUUGCCAGGUCAGAGAUAGGCCAAGUAUUUCCCAUGGAUGCUCCAGCAUUCUCUGCUCUGUGUUGACCAGCCUGGAUGGUCCCAGCAGACCAUUUUCUGGUCAUGUGUGCUCAAUGGGAGCUUCAGUAGAUGAAUGGAGGGCAAGUCAGGGGCAUUUGUUCUGUUAGCUGCAUGCAGUCACAGUGGGCUUCUGCCAGGUACGAAAAGGUUACUCCCUUUUUCAGUAAACAUAUCUAUUCUCAUGCUUUUGGAAGGGCUUCUUCCCCUUGCCCCUAACCCUGGAAUACUUAUCCUCUGUGGUCCUCUUAGAUCUUAUCCCUUGUAUGUGGUCCUUUUUUUGAGACAGGGUUUCUCUGUGUAGCUCUGUAGACCAGGCUGGCCUCAAACUCACAAAGAUCAGUCUGGUCUGCCUCCCGAGUGCUGGGAUUAAAGGUAUGCACCACCA